UGCAAUCCGUGACUGAGAAGCCAUGAAGCCCUGCGCGGUGCUGUUCCUCGUAGCCGUGCUCACCACGUCCAGCGCGGUGCGCGGGGCAUCCAUGGCAGCGCGCUCGGAGUGCGACCCGUGGGCGCUGCGGCCGUGCGCCCCGGUGAUCCUCUGGAGCGCGCCCCCGUCCAGCAAGUGCUGCGCCAAGCUCCGGGAGCAGAGGCGGUGCCUGUGCAGGUACGCCAGGAACCCCGACCUGGGCAAAUACAUCAACUCCCAGAACAGCAAGGAGGUCGCGGCUGCGUGUCGCGUGCGGGUUCCUAUGUGCUAGGCUAGCUAGGAAUACACGCGCGGCGUGGUUGUGUUAGCGCCGUGCUAUUAUGCUGUGUUCGUCUUGGCCGUCUCCGUUUCUGACUGCCGGGUGAUGUGGUGUCAGACAAGAAGAGUUGUGAUAACGGACGGCCUUGUUAGCCAUUAG